AUGGAAAUGGGUCUCCAAUUAGUGCGCUGCGUUAGUGAUCCCUGCCUCGAUGCACCUAGCCCGGCCAGUUCCCCGCCGGUCACCGGACUAACUGCAUGUCAAAAUGUUUUCCGAAUUCCCUUAGGUAUUGAUUGUUCAGUUUUUAAGCUAUCGUUCAACUUCUAUCGGUUUUUAAUGAAAGGUGACAAAAGAAAGCGCCAAAAGAAAAAAGCGGAGUCGCUGGGCGGUGGAGUGUACGGGUCGGUGGGGGCGUCGGGCGCGGAGGGCGGGGAAAGGCGCGAGGGGGGUAAGCGCGGGCGCAGGCCUGGCCGCAAGGCGCAGCUCGACAAACAGGACAUGAAGGCCAAGCUAGCAGAACGCAGCAGGCAGUCUGCGCGGGAGUGUCGCGCGCGCAAGAAGCUCCGCUACCAGUACCUCGAGGAGCUGGUGGCGGACCGGGAGCGGUCAGUUCUGGCGCUCAGGAAGGAGCUGGAUAAGUAUUACAAGUGGAACUUGGAGCUAGACCAGGGCAGGAUGCCGGAGGGUCUGGAGGCAGUGCUCCAGGAGAUGGGCAUCGUGAAACAGGAGGAGAGUAAAUCCUUUUUGACAUAA